AUGCCAACAAAUAUUUUCAAUAAAACUUUAUCUGAAGAUAAUAAUGAUAAUGAUGUCAGAAAUAAAACCACAUACAAGUUGAUAAAAGUUUUUACUUCGAUUAAUUGGGAAAAUCGUGAACAUCAACAACUCUUUUUUAAUAUAACCAAUUCUACCAAUACGUCAACACUUACUCCGGUUUAUUGUCGAGAAGUUAUACGGUCUAAACAACAAAAUUUAUAUUGGUAUAAUGCUGCUUUGAAAAAGGUUCCACGACAAAAUUCGUCACAAUCAGAUAAUGGAAAUAAUUCAACAAAUGAAUCAUCUCUUCCCGUGACAAUUUGGGCUAUUCAUCCUGCAAAAUUAAAAAUUUCGAAAGUUUUAAAAUUGAUUAAACGAAGGCCAAAGAAAUUUAAAAUCAGCUGUACGCAAACUGGCAUACAAUCAUCCUUUGAAUAUGGCAGAGAAAAAAAUGAACCAUUAGGUUAUUCAGGUGAAAUAAAUGUACCAUUCGAUGAAUAUUGUAUACAGAGAUUUCGUUGGGUAAGAUAUGGUGAUGGUUCAAAAUGGGUUUUCAUUUUUAAAAAUGAUCCUCGAACUCCUUUGGCGGAAUUUCGACGUACUUCCGUUGAGAAUGAAUUCAAAAUUGUUUUUCUUGAGGAUGCACCACCUGGUUGGAAUUCAAAAACGGUAGAGCGAUCAAAUGGACCAGGAUCUCCAACAUUUCCAUCUCCAUCAUAUCCAUCAGGAUUCACGGUGGACAGUUUUUCACCAAGUAUUUUAUCCCAAUAUUCAGGAUAUAGCGAACCUACUUGGUCGAAAGAAUCGAAUAAAUAUCUUUCAGGAAGUAUUAGUCUGAUGAGUGCACCAAUGAGUUUGAUGAGUUUAUCGAGUCCAUUGAAUUCAACAUAUAGUACUACCGACGAUUUCUUUUAUCAUUAUGAUGAUAACUCAUUAAACACAUUAUGGCAAGAAUAUGUAUUAGCUUCAACUGUAGCAAUACAAGAUGAAGUUAAUUCAAGGAAAAAUAGGUUACGAAAAUGA